AUAAUUAAAACAUUUUUGAGAUCAUAAUAUAAUGACAUCAUUUCCCCUUCCUUUUUCUUCCUCCACACCCUCUCAAGUACCCCUCCCUUUUUCAAAUUCAUUGCCUCUUUUUCUUUGUUGUUACACACACACACACACACACACACACACACACACACAGAGGUACAAUCUGUCCAGUCAGAAUAAUGUUAUUUGUAUGUAUGUUUUAAGGGCUGACCAUUUAGUAUUGGAUAAUCAACUUGUAUGGUCUUCCCUGGGUGAGACUAUUUUUCAGAUCUUGGCAUUCAUUAGUUGCCUGUGGUUCUUUAUCUAGGGUUGAGGCUUUUCUUUUCUGUCAGCAUGUUGUUGUUCACGUGCCCUUAUUCGGCGCGUGUUUAGGCAGUUAUGUUGGUGGAACUUCAUGAGUGUAGCUUCUGAUAUUUACAGUCUCACUGCAAACCCCUUGCUUCUCUGGCUCUUCUCAUCUUCCUGCCCCUUCUUCUACAGUAGUCCCUGUGCCUUAGCUGCAGGAGCUGUGUUGCCAAUGUAUCCGUAGGGACUGGGCUUUGUGACUGCAUUCUGAUUGGACUUUGUUUUCAGUAAUGAUCUCUGUCCUAUGCAAAGAGAAGGUUCCUUGAUGAGUGGUGAGGACUGCACUUAUCUGUAGGUAGAAGGACAAAUGUUUAGAGUGUAGUUAGGGACUGUCCCGGUUUAGUAAAUGGAUGGUUGUAGGUUCCCCUUUAAGAUCCGUGACGUCACUAGCCCUGAGUAGAUGACAAGGCUUCCAGGACCAGGUACAUUUCUCACAUGUUGAGCAGGGUCAUAAGAUCUAUUAGAGAGUUGUUGGUUCCCACCAAGGUAUGCAUGCCUCUAUUGCAACCUUAGAGUUAUGGCACCAUGCUGGUCAUUGAUGUGGUUUGUAGGGCCAUAGCUGGGUAGUACUGUUGGUUGCUUCUUUCCUUUGGAAACCUGAGUAGCACCUUCUGGUACCAUGAAAGAUAGUCCCCAGGGAGGAGGCUCUCAGGCUAAUCUGAACCCCUUGUCUGAAGUGUAUUGUGUCUUCAGUAAUAGGGACUUACUUUCCUCCUUUGCGGGUAACCAAGGGCAAUAGUAAUAGUCUAUAAUGUUUUAGGAGUCUCUUGGACAACCCUGACCAACAACUAAAGAGAGAGCUUCUCAUACCUGGUGUGGUGGUUUUUGUUAGCCGGUCUAUGACUCUUACAGGGAGCACUCAGAUGGGGAAUUUCACUUAAACUGUAUAUGGACAUUUAUAUACUGACUUAAGUGUAUUGUAGGUAUUUUAGGUAGAUAGUGAAAGAAGGAUUCCUUGUGACUAUUUCUCCUGUUAUUUUAUCCUCCCUCCUCCUGUAUUUAUUUCCCUUCCCUUCCUAAUCAGAAGCCCCUCAUUUCUUCCUUUAGAUCCCUGGUGUCUUGCUAUUUCCCUCUUGUUUUCUUUAAUUGUUGGUGUGUGUGUGUGUGUGUGUGUGUGUGUGUGUGUGUGUGUGUGUGUGUGUGUGUUCCUACAAUUAAAUUUUUAAAUUUUACUUUAUGCGUAUCACAUAAAAUUUAUGUUUGGCCUGCAUAUAUGUACCACACACAGACAGUGCCCGUGGAGGUCAGAAGAGGGUAUCCAGUCCCUUGGAACUGACAUUACAGAAGGUGUGAACCACCGCAUGUGUGCUGGGAAUCAAACCCAGGUUCCCUGAGAGAGCAGCCAGUUCUCUUAACUGCUGAGCCAUCUCUCCAGCUCCCCUAUAAUCUUAUGUAGGACUCUAUGAGGAAAUGGGCUGAGGAGGAUGAGGUUACUAGUUUAAGGCCACAUGGCCAGUAGAUGGAAAGUUAAUGGCCAUCUGAUUUGCAGUUUGAGCAAAUCCACUCCCAGGGAGUGGGCAUUCUGGGAUGAUUACAGUGUCUGAAAAGUGAGGAAGGCUUGAGCCAGGUAACAGCCCUUCUGUGAUUUCAUUGCUUUGACAUUUCUGAUGGUGGCUUCUUUUUGAGAUGGAGGUCUCACUCUACAGCCUUGGCUGGCCUGAACUUUGCUAUGUAGAUUAUACUGGCCCUGAGUACAUAGAGGUCUGCCUGCCUCUGCCUCCUAGAGUGCUGGGAUUACAGCUGUAUGCCUGUCUCUACUGGUUGUAAUUUAGUAAGACUUUUCAAAGAUGGUAACAUUUUUGUAAUGAUAAAAGAAGGGAAAAGGAUGCUGAUAUUUUUAGAUUUUUUUUUUCAUUUUGAAUGUGUGUGUUUGCAAUGCAUAUACAUGUGUGUGUGUGCAAGCAUGUUUAACAUGCAAAUAUGCAUAUGCCAAAAGUCAACACUGAGUGUCUUCCUUAAUUCCUUUUCCAUUGGUAGCUCUCUCUCUCUCCCUCUCUCUCAUUCUCUCAACUUUAUGCACAUUAGUAUUUUGCCUGCCUGUAUGAAGGUGUCAGAUUCCCUGGACUGGAGUUACAGAUAGAUAGGUGUGAGCUGCCAUGUGGGUGCUGGGAAUUGAACCUCUGAAAUAGCAGCCAGUGCUCUUAACCACCGACUCAUCUCUUCAGCCCCUUUAUCUCAUUUCUUGAAACUGGGUCUCUCACUAAACUUCGAGAUUGCAGUGCAGUUAGACUAGCUGACCAUCAAGCCUUGGGAUUCUCCUGUCUGCCUCCCCAGCGCUGAGGUCAUAGGUGCAAUGCCAUGCCUGGCUUUUACGUGGGCUCAGCUGGGGAGCUGGGUUCAGGUCCUCAUGCUUGCACUUGCACGGCCGCUGAGACAGCUCCUCAUCCUGUUGUUUUGCUUUGUUUUUUUUUUCCCCUGUUUUUAAUAUUAUUAAUUCAUAUUUCUUCCUCUCCCUCCCCCCUUCUCCCUCAGCUGCCCCCAUUCUCUCUCCCCCCACCCCGUGUGUGUGUGUGUGUGUGUGUGUGUGUGUGUGUGUGUGUGUGUGUGUGUGUGCAAGCCAGAGAGCAGCUUGCAGGAGUCAGUUGCCUCCCUCAACCGUGUGGAUCUAGUCAUAUUAUCAGGUUUGCUAGCAAAUGCUUUUACUCACUGAACCAUUUCCCUGGAUCUGCUUUCAUUUUUGUUUUUGAGACAAAGAUCCCAUGCUAUAGCCAAGGAUAGCUCAUAACACAUGUAGCCCAGGCUGACUUCAAACUCCUAUUAAUCAUUCUACGUUGGUCUUCUGGGCCACUGGGAUUAUAGUUAUGAGCAUUUGGCUCCGAUAGUUAUUUUGAACUAUAGGAUCAAAAAUGUGUUUGUUUUUUGAGAUGUCAGGGUCUCACUUUGUAGCUCUGGUUGUCUUGGAAUUUACUAUGUAGACCAAGCUGGGCCCCCAAACUCAUGGAGAUCCAAUUCCUUUUGCCAACUAAAUCCUAGGACUAAGGUACCCCCUCUGCCAGGGAGCUACUGUGCUCUGGCCCCUUGGCUCCCUUCCAUUCCAUCCCGAUUAUUUCCGGGAUUUGCCACGCCCAGCUCUCACCCGGCUUCCUUUUCUACCCACCGUAUGCUCUGGGAGUUGACUGCUCCACCAGCCCACCCCUGAGACCCUUGCUCGGGGGAAGGGUUGCAUUACCAGCCCCACCCAAGACCCUUGAAUCCUCUGAUAAAGGACACACACUUAGCUUGUCACUUUACAGCUUGCCUUUUGUGGCAGAAUUGCUAGGCACAGAUACCUCCUGCCUGGAAAGGCAUGCCCUUACCAAUUUAUAAUCUCUGUCUCUCCUUCUGCCCUAAACUUAGUGGCUUGUUCAGUUAAAUUAAACAUCUUUGGAGGCCGUAGAUCUUACAUGAUUGCUGCAUGCCUUUCAUUCCACAGCAUGACAGAAAAAGCCCCUCUCUCUUUCCCUGCAUCUCUUUGUUUUUUCUUGGGAUCCCAAAACUCACCUGUCGCUUCCAUCCAGCAAUUGGUUCCUGGCUUCUUUAUUGACAAGCUAUGAACGUGGCAGAUGAGUCCCAGUGGGACGAAGCCGUUUGUACCUUGUCAGGUUGUCAGCAUCCACAGUGCUGGGCAUCUCUCCGACGGAUUGAGAGGGGCCAUCCUAGGAUCCUGGACCCAUCCCCCAAAUCUCCCAGAGAAACUGAAGAUAAACUCCCGACACUCACCAUUGUAAACAUCACGGAUACCUGCUUGUGGACCCAGAAGAGGGUGGCUCAGCAACAACCAUCAGAAUUUACCUUCCCCAAAGAUCGUCCCUCAUUGUCGAAGCCAGCCUCCAAACGUCAGAGCAGGUCUCCGAAGGCUUUACGUGACAAAGAUGUGACUAGCCGUUCUCCUAGGCCUCUCAAACUCUCAGUGUUGAAUUUGAAUGAAGCAAAACUUCCUCUCUCUGAAAAUGUCAGUAACAUGGUUGUGACCUGGGUUCCAGAAGAAACGGAGAAGGACGUGAGCCCAGUUCAAAAGACUGAUGUUUCCAGCUGGCCUGGGAAGAAAAGGAGAAAGAAACUGCGAAAGAAAAGCAAGCCAUCUCUGUACUACCCUGGAAGGCAGUACUCGAGAAGUCCAGCGGCAAUUGUACCUCCCCCCUCCCCAGAACACCACUUGGAGCAAUUAAGUCCUGAAGCCAUACCACUAUGGGCUCAAGUUGGCAUGCUUCCCCAGGACCUGCUGGAGGAGUGCAUCUUGGCACAUGAGAAAUCCAUAAUUGGCCCUGAGGUGAAGAUAGAGUUGUCCAAGAUGAGAAAGAGUCUUCCUCUGGAAAGGAGGCGACCUGAAAGUGCUAUCUCAUCUAAGAUGUAUCUGACUAUCCAACGCCUCACCCUGCAAAGACCAUCACUGCGGUAUCCUGCUCGUCUGAGGAAGCUUUGCCCCAACCUGAAGCAAGGUGAGGGCCUUGCUGGGCAUGGAUCUUCAGAUUCCUUGAUGCAGCAGGGGAAGGCGAAAACCUUUCCUCCGAAACAGGAGCCUAAGAAGAAAGCCAAGAGAAAUGUCAAGGGCCAGUAUGGGGAAGAAACCACGUCGGGCCAUUUCUUCCAUGACAGUGUAGGACUCAGAAUAUCAGGACAGGAAGAUCAACAAACGCCGUGGGAAGAAGAGGACAUAGAGAAAACAUCUGCAGAGACACAUGUUUCCUUAGAAGAAGUGUAUGAGUUUGACAAGUACUACACAGAAUACUACGCCACUCCGGAGAGCGCUGUACUAUAUGAGACAGUUUACCAGAACCUUGAUGAUGACGAGGAGACUAUGGUGGGAAUCAAGGCUUCCAGCAAAGACCGUAACCUCAAGAACCUUUCUGCAAUGAUGGACGGCAUCGGCUGGAACCCUGAGCUCAAAUUGCUGAGGAUUCUUCAGGCCACUGAGGAGGAAGAUGAGGAAGGCCAUAAUUCUAGGGCACAGAGUAAGACGUCUCUAGAAGCUUAGCUCAAAUCAUCACUUUGGGCAGCUUUAGCCAGAGAGUUCUUGGUAUUCUGAGGACAACAACCUUGGACACAGGGAAGAAAAGAGAGAAUGUUGUUCUCUGGAUCCUCCAGCAGGACCAGGCCCUAGAUACCCUGUAUUCUUCAUUUACUCUUUACCUCCAAAACGAGUAAGAAAAAGCCCUAAUCCUAUGGAAUAUAGGCAGCUUUUCCAUCAUUAAACACAACUCCUUCUAGCAAAGACUCUUUCUCUGUUUCUAGGAAGAGAUGAG